CCACCAUCUCUCUUUCUCUCCCCCCCCCCCUUCUCUUCUCCUGCAACUAUUUCAUCUCCACAAGCUUCCAAACCAAGAGAAUUUAAUCUCUAUAUCUUCCCCCAAUGAAACAACAAUUUAAAACAACAUAUUGAAAACCCUUCAUUUCUUUUCAUCCAUGGUUUCUCUUGCUUCUCCUUGCUACCUGCUGAUAUGACCAUGGUUCCUGCUGAAAACCUUUCUAAACGAAACCAUCUUCCUCACUGUGGCGGCCUGGAUUUUUACGGUUGCGGUGGUGGUGGUGGUGGUGGUGGUGAUAGCAGUUAUACAGAGAAUUUUGGUCUCAUGAACCGUCUUCACGGGUAUGACUAUCACAACGAAGCUUGCUUAGGAUCUGAUCAGGGUGCUAAUAAAAUGGCUGAAAAUCCAUCAAGAACUAAUAGCCUUAAUGAAACCGGCUCCAGCUCUAAGGAUUACAAUCAAGAACAAGAAGAGAGAGAUGAUGAAGGUUGGCUCCAACUCAGUAUAGGAGGUCAUGCAACAAAAUACCAUCAUCAUCAUCAUAACAAGCAUGACCAGGUCGAUCUAACCGCGACAAGAGGAGGGUUGACCGAGCUUGAUCUAUUACCUGGUGGCACCUCUCAUCAAGAAAGGCCACAUAUGCCUGAGUUUAGACCUCCACUGCAUCCACUGGUUAUGCAAGGUUUUACAACUUCUUUAUUCUUACAACAAGAAGGAACCAGCUCCAUGUUUAGCAGGGCAUGUAGGCCUAUAGCAGCGGCAACAGCUCCUUCCACCUUGGUGCCAUUAGGCUCCUAUUUUGCCAGACCAUUUCAAGUGCAACCCGGAAUCGAUGUCGCCGGGCCGAGCACCGAUUUUAAAAUCAUUGAUCCUCCUAGAAGACCCCAUUCUGGCAUUUGGUUCAUCCUACAAGCAUCUGAAAACCAAGCAAAAGAACCAUUCUUGCCUCAAAUACCAAAGAGCUACCUGAGAAUCAAGGACGGGAAGAUGACAGUAGGGUCAAUAAUGAAGUAUCUGGUUAACAAGCUGAAACUGGAUAGCGAAUCCGAGCAGGUAGAGAUAAGAUGCAGAGGGGAAGAGCUUGAACCAGGGUUGACGUUGGAGCAUGUGAGAGAUCAAAUAUGGAGUUCAACAGACGCCGUCGUCACUUUGCUUCCACAUACCUCAACGCCACCAUCCCUUCAUUUUAAUCUCAUGCUUCUUCACUAUGGUAGGAGGGGUUGAAUUACUUGCUUUCCAAUACACACCUCGAUUUUUUUUUUCAUUUCCUUUUCUCAUAAUUUAAUUAAUCCCCCACCUUUAUGCCAUGUAUCAUUCUAAAUUUAUGAAAUGCCCAUCCCUUAAUUUCUUUUA